AUGGCCUCCGAUAAAGAUGGCUUCAACUUCUAUAAAGAUUAUUUGCGAGCACGGUCUGAUGAAGGUAUUCCAGAGAUCCCCGCUAACAGUGAGCGGCUAUUAUAUUUCUAUCGAACACCAAUGCAACUGUACCCUGGGCUCCUCCCUGCGGCGCUCGAACAGGAAUAUAAUAAAAGGACUAAUGCCUUUAAGAACCACAUGCUAAGUAAGGAAAUGGCGACUGAACGCGAUGUUCCCGGCAAACGUAACUCCAAAAGUGCUCUUGCGAUGUUCCAGGCCAAACAUCCGCGCCACUAUGCUCAACUAAUGGACUUCUUGGGAUUGUCAGCCGAAGUAUAAAAAAUAAAUAAAAAGGAUGAUAUUUAUCCGUUAUCAUCUAAAUAUGAUAUUUUAUUUUGAAUGUAAGUGGUGAAAUUGGCCAUAUAACUCCAUACACACCUACAACAUCUGCUGAAAUAAAAAGAUUUUACAUAAUGAUAAUGGAAUACCUAGGUAGAUUAUUCUUAAAUAUAAAAUUUAUAAUGUAGACCUAC